AGGAGAAAAUCACCAUCAAAUUGAAUUAAACGAGAUCGGUGUUAUAUGGCAUUAGAAAACAUGUCUUUCAUCAAAUGAAUUAAAGAUAAUCUCAAAACAGUUUAUUAUUGCCAUCAUCAUAUAUAUUUGCCUGUGAGCUAUUCAUAUUGGAUCCAUUGAUUUGAAUUGAAAACAUCUUUCGUCAAGUCAUCAUAUUGUUUCUGGAACAUAAAUAAAAUCCACUUGAAAAAUCCUAAAACCAGAUAAAUUGAACAAAAUUUUGGAUGGGAUCGACAUUGUUGAUGCUGUAUUUUUGAGUAUUAGAACGGUGAAUUAGGAUGGUUCUUGGUAAACUUUUCCGUAUCUAUCACAAGACCGAUAAGAAUAAUGUUUAUUCCGUACUUUUGGAGAAUAAAAAUGAUCGUUCAGAAACGUUACUGUUUGAAUCCGGUGCCAUCGGUAUUCUUGCUGCCCAUGAAAAUGAGGCCGUAAAACCAUUGUAUCAUAUUCUGGUCGAUGUUUAUGGUUGUCUUGGUGUACUUAACCUAAGUGUUGGUGAUCAAAAUUAUCUCUAUUUAGUCUGUGUGUCAAGUUGUGUUUCUAUUGGAAAAAUUCAAAAUGCCGAAAUAUUUUGCAUUACUGAAACAACAUUCAUUCCAUUACAUGCUCAACAAGCCGAUUUAGAUCGAAUUCAAGACAUACGUAAGAUUCUAAAUGCACAAACAUUCUAUUUUUCAUGGUCAUCACCUAAUCAACAACAACAAAAAUUAUCGAACAAAUUCGAUUUGACCAUUUGUUGUCAACGUUCUGAACGGAUGAAUGAAACGGAUAAUCGAUUUUUCUGGAAUCGAAUGUUUUAUCCAUAUUUGAAAUCAUUCAAUGUGAAUACGGAUAAAUGGCUAUUGAAAGCUAUGUGUGGUAGUGUUGGUAUCAACACUGUAUAUGUUGGACAUCAACAAGCCAAAGCUUGUCUUAUAUCACGAUUAAGCUGUGAACGUGCAGGUACAAGAUUUAAUGUACGCGGAACUAACGAUUAUGGUCAUGUUGCCAAUUUUGUCGAAACUGAACAAGUGAUUUUUCUUGACAAUAAUCAUGUUGCAUCUUAUCUACUUGUUCGUGGUUCGAUUCCAUUGUUUUGGGAACAGACGGGCGUACAAGUUGGAACACAUAAAUUACGUGUAUCGCGUGGGAAUGAAAUCUCACAUCCAGCAUUUGAACGUCAUUUGGCUAUGGUACAAUAUCUGUAUGGGAAACAGGUUAUCAUCAAUCUGGUCGGCAACAAAGAAGGCGAAUUCACAAUAGGAUCAAUGUACAAGGCUCAUCAUAAAUCAUCACGUUUUCGUGAUGAUAUACCAUAUAUCGCUUUCGAUUAUCAUCAUUAUUGUUCUCGUGGUCGCGAAGAAAAUCUGGUUUUAAUGCUUAAAGAUCGUAUUAAAAAAUAUUUCGAUGAAUUUGGAUUCUAUUAUUCGCUUGGUAGUGAUGGAGAAAAAAUGUAUCAAUCUGGUACGUUUCGUAUCAAUUGUAUUGAUUGUCUGGAUCGUACGAAUCGCGUUCAAACGUUUCUUGGUCUUGAGAUGCUAAAACAACAGCUCAAAGUAUUACAGUUGGAUGAAAAAUCAACGAUCGUAAGCCGAUUUUUUGAAGUAUAUAAAAAUAUGUGGCAAGCGAACGGUGAUCAAAUUAGUCGUAUCUAUGCUGGUACCGGUGCUUUGGAGGGAAAAUCAAAAAUUCGCGAUGGAACUCUAUCCGUUGCUCGUACCAUUCAGAACAAUCUGUUGGACACAAGUAAACAGGAAGCAUUCGAUAUGCUAUUGACGGGUAAAUCAUCCAGUGCGGAUUUUAUGGAAAAAUUUCGAUCUCUGUUGCCCAAUCAUUAUCUUCAUUUGCCUUCGAGAAUAUUAAUGUCUAUAUGUGAUCGACAUUUCGAAUUUACAACUGUAUCAGAAAUUCGCGUGGCUGUUGGCACAUGGAAUGUUAAUGGUGGAAAACAUUUCAACAGUAUCAUCUAUAAGAAAAGUGACCCACUUUCUGAUUGGCUUCUUGAUUAUAAUCGAAAAAGUCAACGAGUAAAUCAAGUGAACAUACUGGACUUGUCAUUAGAUGAUUCGUUGAGUUCAUUGAAAAUUGAUUCACCCGAUUUAUUUGCCAUUGGUUUUGAAGAGAUUGUCGAUCUUAGUGCACAAAACAUUGUUGCAACAAGCACAACCAAUCAAAAAGAAUGGCUAACUGAAUUGGAAAAAACUUUAUCUCGUAAUGAAACAUACGUCUUGGUUACCUGUGUCCAGUUGGUGGGCGUUUGUCUGUUUUUAUUUGUUAAACCUAAAUAUGCCAGAUUUAUACAUGAUGUAUCGACCGAUUCGGUAAAAACGGGUCUCGGUGGUGCUGCCGGUAACAAAGGUGGUGUUGGCAUUCGUCUUCGUCUUUACAACUCAAGUUUAUGUUUCAUAUGUUCACAUUUUGCUGCUGGCCAAAGUCAAGUGAAUGAACGGAAUUCUGAUUUCAAAGAAAUAUCAAGAAAAAUGUUCAAUUCAAUUGGAAAAAAUCUUUAUUCACAUGAUUUUAUUUUCUGGUGUGGUGAUUUCAACUAUCGUAUCGAUAUGCCAAUUGAUGACUGCAAACAAAUGAUCAUGGAACAGAAAUGGGAUCUUUUGUUGGAAAAAGAUCAAUUAACCUGUCAGCAAAAAGAUGGCAAUGUGUUUCGUAAUUAUCUUGAAGGUCGGAUUAAUUUUGCGCCAACCUAUAAAUACGACGUGAACAGCGAUGAUUAUGAUACUAGUGAAAAAUCACGAAUUCCUGCAUGGACUGAUCGUGUUUUAUUCAGAAAAUUACAACCGACACGAUUAGAUGAAAAAGAAGCCAAUAAACUUGAUUAUGGAGAGAUUGUUUUCUAUGGCCGUGCUGAAUUGAAAACAUCUGAUCAUCGUCCAGUGAUUGGAGAAUAUAAAAUCGAAAUUUUGCAUGUUGACCCAACUAGAUUAUCUGAUGUAUUCUGUGAUGUAAUUGCCAAAACAGGUCCUACAGAUGCUACUGUCAUCAUCAAAGAAAUCGAUGUAACAGAUCCAUCGAAAUCAUUUGAAACAAUGUACAUUGAAGAAUUGGUGAAAAAAAUCAAUGAACAAAUCGGGCCGAUUAUAUUGGCUGGAUUCGGUGAUGAUCAUAUGCGAGUCACAUUUAAAGAUGGUGGCAAAGCUAUGCAAUUAGUACAGAUGGGAACAUUCAAUGUUUUGGACAGGAAAUUUCAGGCAUCAUAUAAAACACCGAAUUGGAUUGAAUUGACCGAAGAACAAAUCAAUUAUGGUGUCUGUAAUACCAUACCAUUAACGGAAAAUAGUGUCAAAUGUGACAUUGAUGAAAUGUAUGAUUAUGAUGUACCAAAAGUAAUUAGUCCAGAUAGUCCCGAUGUUGAACCAAUUAUUGAGCCGAUCAUCAAUACUUCAACGACAAAUUAUCAUUCACACCCAUUACGUCCACCACCACCAAAACAAUCAAGUCUGGAAGGAAAAGAGGAAAAGAAAUUGGCACCAGUACGGCCAGCACCACCUCCACCAAAGAAAUCUUCGAACAAAGACAAACAAAGUAUUGAUGAUAUCUUAACAACAUGCAACAAUGAUCAUAAGUCCACAAAUGAAAAACCUCCAUCGGUCCAAAGAGCUUCAUCCGCUUCUAUUGUUAGUCAACUACAACAACCUCUUUCACGACCACCUCCAGUGGUUCCACCACCACCACCGCUUUCAUCAUUAAUACAAAAUAAUGUAAAUCACAAUGAUUACGAUGAAAAUGAUGUCGAAAACGAUGAUGAUAAUGAUUAUGGCUUAAAUUAUAACGAAACGGCUAUGCCUAAUAUACCUGCACCGAUUUGUCCACCUCCAUCAACGAAUCCGCCACCACCACCACCACCAUCGAUACCGGCACCGAUCGCACCUCCAAUUCCAUCACGACGGCCACCACCACCAACAAUUCCUCCACGUGGUAAUUGAUAAUU